AACUCAGUCCUGAGAAGUCAGAAGUCAGACGGAAAACUAAGAAAAUGUCAGACUUAAGGGAAGAGGUUAUGUUUUCUGAUUUUAGUUAAAAUGUUAUUAAUAACACAAGUUACUUAAUUUAAUGGUUUUAAACCAAACAUGACGACUUCUCCUACCAAAACAAAGCAGAAACUUUCAUUACGAAAAAGGUUAUUUGUUAAAAAGUCUCCGAAAGUUGGAUGCUAUGUCGACACUGAUUCAAAUGAAGAACUUAAUCAAUCUACUUCUCGUCCAAUGUCUCCUGCCGAUCCAUUCAUGGCACAAAGUGCUUGUUAUGCUGAAUCAAGUAUAAAUAGUACACAAAACAAUAAUAGUCCGGCAGAACAACCACUUCGAACAAACAUACAAUCAAACUCACAUAAUCAUACUUAUCAUGAAGAAAAAAAUUCCAAAUGCUGCAAAACAUUCUUCAGGCGAUCACGUCCAAGGAGUUUUGGUGAAGGACAUACCUCUAAAGAGGAGUCGCACUCGAGACCAGAAAGUCCACAGAAUAAUUCCAAUAAUAGCUUAAGUGAUCACACCUCUUUAACUAAAAGUGAGGAAAUUCCAAAAGCAACUGUUGUAUUUCCUGGCAAUGGUGAUUCCAAGAAAAAUUUUGAUUAUUACGUUUCAUUAGAGGGUAUCAAACCAAAGACUAAAUUAUUUGUUAAAAGGCUAUCAGCAGAUCAUUUGAUAUCUACCGACACAAGGCCACUGUACCAUUCCUCAUCACCUGAAAGUGAUAGAAGCAGUUCAUUGGAUCGCAAGAGAAGAGCCAAGUCAACAAUCACCAGAUCAUCACACACCGGCAGUACUGAUAGCUUGGUUCGCAAUUCACUGCUCGCUGCACAAGUUCUCCGCCUUAUUCCCACCCAGGAAGCUAGAAAAAGAAAUUACCUUUGUGGUAGAUUGGCUGCUAACUCCUUAUUGGGUGCUGCAGAGUUAGAACAUGUGUUUCCUGAUAGAGAGGUUAAAGUUUUUGUUGGCUCUUGGAAUAUGAAUGGACAAGCUCCCCCUAAAGAACUUGCAGAUUUUAUAAUCCCAGAAGAAGUGAAACAUGUUCCGGACAUAUUUGCUAUAGGUACACAAGAGUCAUAUUCGGAACGGACAGAAUGGGAGAUAACAAUACAGGAAGUGUUGGGACCAUCUCAUUUAUUGUUACAUUCAUAUUAUUUAGGUACAAUCCAUUUAUCAGUAUUUAUAAGAAGAGACCUUAUAUGGUUCUGUUCAUUACCAGAAGAUGCCAGUCUGUCUGUCCGUCCUGGCACUGCUUUUCGUACAAAGGGAGCUGUAGCGAUAUCCUUUGCUUUGUUUGGAUCAACAUUUCUAUUUGUUACGGCUCAUUUGACUGCACAUCAAGAGAAAGUGAAGGAGAGAUUGUCGGAUAUUAAAAGAAUUAUAAGAUCAAUAGAUUUGCCAAAGAAUUUGCCAUGCCGGCAUAGGAGUAAAGAUGUUACAAAUAACUUUGACUAUGUAUUUUGGUGUGGUGACCUCAACUUCAGGCUUGGAGAACCAAGAGCUGCAGUUCUGAGAUGGAUUGAACAAACACAGUUUCCCCUCCCCCCGCAUCUACCUCACGGCCUGCUUCAUGCGGACCAGCUGACAGUUGUUCUAGAAGACGGCGCUGCUCUAAGAGACUUUAGGGAGGCGCCUAUUCGAUUCCCGCCCACAUACAAAUACGAUCCAGGGAGUCAAAAAUUUGAUACAUCAAGUAAGCAACGCGCCCCAGCUUACACAGACCGGAUAUUGUUCAAAGCGAGAAAUAUGGGGACCAAUUCGGCUUCGAGUUUCGGAGGCCUCCGUCGUGUGAGCACUAUGCCGACUCCGUCCGGACUGAAGUGCGUCGCGUACAACUCCGUGCAGUCCAUCUGUACGAGCGACCACAAACCUGUGUGGGCACUGUUCUCGGCCGCGCUGCGACCUGGCACCGAUGUUGUUCCGUUAGCAGCUGGACUGUUUAACCGGGAGGUGUACCUCGAGGGCAUAAAGCGCAGACGAGCUCUACUAGACCACGCUCCCGGCACCUCGGCAGUAUGCACCAUACAAUAACUAACAAUAUUCGUGUGGGAGGCCUACCUCCCCCGUUCCCUGUGUAUCCAUUAACGGCCGUUCCCAAUAUUCAGUCUAUCUCCGGUUGUGGCCUACUUGAGAUAAAAAUCGUAACUAUCGUUGACUUUUCUGUCCCAAUAAACAUAUCGACGGUAACUCACCUUAUCCGUACACGCUGUCUGUCAAUAGGAGGACGUAUAGCUUACCAGCGAUAGGAGUUUGUAUGGAAAUUGCAAUUCACGCGUCCCAAUAUAAGGCGAUAAGAAUGACUUAUCGGUUUAAUUGGGACAGCUUCAGAUUAUUGACUCAGCUAAUUACUGACAGUAGAAGGUAGUAAUUUAUCUCUAUCUGUAGAUAGUAUAUUGGGAUCGGUCGUAAGCCGUGUCCGUUGCGCCGUGAUUGUUAACACAAAAACAUGUUUUAACACAAAAACAUGUUUUAUAAACAGAUUAUGGGCGUGGCUUAACAGUUUUGUCAAAUUCAAAUAGUUUAUUUCUCAAAAUAGGAUAACUGCAUCACUUUUUGAAGUCAAGAAAAUAUACAAAUAAUAGAAUAAU